UGCUAAUCUAAUUCUUUGCAUGGACCGACAAGUGAUUGUAAUGCUGCCAUUACUGGAUGCGACAACCCUCCGAUUCCCCACUGAUCUUUGCAGCUAAACUGUCUCUCGCUCAUUCUAAUUCUCUUUCUUUACCUCUCUCUACCCUCACUCACAGAGACACUGACAUCUCUAGCUUGUUGCAGCAACUGUGCUCGUAUACUUUGAGACCCGGCCUCUUCGUAUAUAUAAUUCCAGACAAACCCUCUCCCCCCAAACUAUACUACUUCACAUUUCUGGUUACAGCAACUGUGAUCAUAUAUACUUUGAUAUACACCUCUCUCUCUCUCUCUCUCUCUCCAUGGAUUUCCAUCCCCUAAAUACUAGUCUUAAUCUAAGCUUACCCAACAACCAUCAUCAUCAGCUGAACUUGGAUCUUGUUCUUGACCAUUUAUCAUCAUCUUCCUCUUCCUCAUCGUCUUCAUCAACUCUCGGUGUUCCUCCUGUAGCGGAUCAAAUAACCGCGCGCGUGUUCACUUGCAACUAUUGCCAGAGAAAGUUCUACAGUUCGCAGGCACUGGGAGGCCACCAAAAUGCUCACAAGCUGGAGCGGACGUUAGCCAAGAAAAGCAGGGAGCACUUAAGCUCCGCCGUCCGUGGACCUCAUCACGGUGGUAGCAGCUUGAACCAACGGCCAGGGUCCAGCGCCCCGCCACCUCUUGGCGGGCUAGCACAUGCUGGUAGGUUUGGAGCUCAUUAUAUCAUGAACUGUGGAUAUAGGCCAGCAGAAGAUGUUGAGGAGGAGAUCAGCCACCUUGAUUUGUCUCUCAGGCUUUGAUUUCGUGUUUUCGAUCAGAUUGUUAAUCAGUGUAACUUUUCUAUUAUUAAUUACCUGCUCGAUCGAGUUUUCAACAUAUUGAUUCAGAAUCAAUCAAAUGGGUCAGUUAAAUGACACUGACCGUUUU